UACCUAUGACUUGCUGGGAAAAACCAUCUUUCAAUCAAUACCAGCAACCGACCCCAGUUCAUACCUCUAUUAAUGAUGAGUAUGAAGAAGAAGAAUUAACGCUUCAACGAAAUUAUGUCAUUUUAGGAGACCAAGAUACUCAGCCAAUUCUCGCUGAACAAGGAGAUAAUCAAACAAUA